AUGCCUGCGCCUCGGUCCGCAGGGCACUAUUCGGCAGCUCGAGACGGACGACAGGAUGGUCCUGCGACGCCUGAGCGGCGGCCGAACAGCAGCCACGAGAUGGGCAAGCCCGGCAAUGCCACCAGCCAGCGAGACGACGUCUUCUCCCCGGACGACCUGUUUCACGAUGACGACGACGCCGCCGAUGCCGAUGCCGACGCCGGUCGUCUGGGUGGAGGGUUCCUGCUGCACGAUGCCUUUGGAGGAGGAGCACGAUUACGUCGACAGCGGGCCGCCGCCUCGCAGGGUCCAGGUCUUGCGCCCCAGCUGAGCAGCGGCCGUGAUGCUGCUUUCCAGCCCGCUUCUGGCCCUGCGCCUGUUCUUGACCUGGGCAUCAUGCGGCAGACGGCUGCACCCAGCCGGCGAUCUGGCGGAGAGGCUGCAAACUCACCCCCGAGCACUGGCAACUCCGCUGAUGGCACGAGAUUCUCCGAUGUGUACCACCAAGAGCCGCACGCCGCGGCGGAUCUGGAUUCCACCCAGAUCGUCAACAUGGCGCUUAGCUUGAGCGAGUCUCGCCGCCUCGCCGCUCGACGAAGUGCUUCUCGGACGGUCGCCCCUCCGCGCCUCGCUCCUAUACCGGACGCGUCGGCCUCGAAUAACAUUCGACAACAUCUGCAGCAGCAGCGCAAGUUUUCGCGGACCGAAUCCCCCUCUGUUGCGCAAGAGGCAUCCUCUGGAGCCGUGGUCCCUGGAUCGAGGAGCAGCGGCACCUUUCAGCCCUCGUUUGAGUCCUCCCACGAUCCGCAAUUCCGCUGGCAGUUUUCCCCAUCGACUCUGGCCAGAGCCCACAAGGCAAAGGUGCAUCUCGAGCUGUGGGCGCAGUACAGGCGGCUGCUCGAUGUGCUGCCUCCCCUGCAGCCGGGGCUCGAGAGGCCGCUGUCGGGUAGCGGCCCGGAUUCUCCUACCCAGACGUCGGGGUCCCAGCAGCUUGCUAUACCACUGGGACGGCAGUACAACCCACUGCAGUAUAUCCGGAAUCGCAAGGUGCGGGCGCGUGAGAGGAAGGUCAUUGAUGGAAAGCGUCAGGGCUUCAGCGAUGUCGAAGCCGUCAGGCUGUGGGUGGAUUCGGUAUAUCGACAAAUGUCGCUGGCGGGCACCUCACUCGCCGACGAAAGACCAUCUAUCCCCCCUUAUCAAUAUGCUGAAGACUCGGACUUGCAGAGCUCGCCUUCUGAAGCGGUAGCGAGGUCCCGACGGCCCAGGGUCGACUGGUACUUGGAGCCUUGCGACGUGAUUGCCGACGCAUACUGGCUGGAACAAAACGGACACAAGUAUCUCAUCGAAGACCGCCAUUGGCGCAAGAUCUUCCCGCCUCCGCCGGCUUCCGACCUGAGCCGGCCUUUAUCUCGAGAGAUAGACGAUACGAGCAGCAAAAUCUCUCCGUUUACGACGAGAGACAAUGACAUAACCGAAACCAUUACUGAAGGAAAGGAGUUUGGGCUAUCCAAGGUUCGCUCGGAGCUGUCGCACAGCAGUGCAAAGGAGCGAGCCAAGCAGAAACUACAGAAUAUCACAGGUUUCCACCACCGGCACGGAAGCACUGGCCACGGCCACGAUCUACUACGGCUCAAGAAGGAUUCUGGAUCUGACUCUUCAGAUAGCGACAGCGACAGUGAGCCAGAGAAGAAGAGGAGGGCGAAGCCUGUCCGCAAAGGAACCAUUUCAAGCAACUCCAAUGACCUGCUGCAGAAGCAAAUGAUGGAAAUGGUGGCCAAGGAGGCACGCGAAAGAGAGCUGGAAGAGAGGGCCUUGGCUCGCAAUGAGAGUGCUGAUGAUGGCAGUGUCGAUGCACUGGACGCGAGACGAAUUUCGCAACCCCCCUCUAGAUUUGCCAGCCGCAGGACAUCCAUGGCAGAAGCCAGCGACUCGGAGCGCAAGUUUGCGGUCUUGGAGAAGCUGAAGCAGGCCUCUCCAACACGCCAGAGCCUCGACGUCAAUCGUUAUUCCUUCUCUCCAGGCAAAGGAACUUCGUUUCCCAACUCGCCAGAGAUGAUGCCGGUUCGCAAUGGCAAAUCCGAGUCGAUCGCCAGCGUUGACCCUUCACCUCCGUGGAGCCGAGCAGCAUCUCCCACCCGGAACCCCUUUAGCAAGAUUAAGUCAAUCAUCCGGGACAAGAACGACGACUUCGACGAUGCCGAAGACGACAGGGAAGGCCGAUCUUCGAAACGCGACAAGCUGGCGCGCUCGGGCUCCGCUGCUGACUUGGGCAGGCGCCAAUCCAGCCCUGUUGGAAAGCCGUUGUCCGGAGCAGACAGCGGCAAAGGCUCUCGCAACACAGGAAGCACGCGGCUGCGAGGCGAGGAGGGCGUUGGGCUGCGAGGCAUGUUCAAGGGCCCCCGUAUCGACAAUGUGUUCCGAGGCGGUGUUUCGAAGCUGGGAGACAUGAUACGUAAGAAGGACGGGCCCGGUGAGGCGCAGGACUUUGAGACUACGGAUGAAUCAGACAGCGAGAGGAUCAGAGGGCGAAAGUCGACCCCUUUGACUUUGUCGCGGAAACCCUCCGCCAGGGCACAAGAGGCGCAGCAGCAGCAGCAGCACCAGCCCAAGCACUUUCUCGAUACCAUGCCCCAGUUCCAUCGCAUGCCGAGUUAUCGCCACGCCAAUGGUGGUGACACGCCUGUUGCUGCUGCUGAUGGCUCCGCGAAUGGUCGGCGGGCUGCCGCCGAUGAGCUCAAGCCUCCGGUCAUCAAGAUUCGAAGCGCAUCCUCGUCUGCGUCCUCGCCAAUGGUGCACAGAGCUCGGCCGGGAGAAUCGGACGUCUCCGACUCCGAGUACUUGAUGAACAACCACGUCUCCGAUACCGUGGAUAGGCGAAUCAAUUCCACCGUCUCGCUCAGCGACAGGGACAACCAUCAUCACGGGCGACUGCCGCCGGGCCAGCACUGGUCGAUUGCGGACCGUGGCUUGCCUGCCCAGAUGAAGCUGUCGAAGCGCGAGGUUGCCCGGAUGCGAACUCUGAUACUCAGCUCGGGCAUCAAGGCCAUGGAGCUGCGCCGCCGAGCAAACGAGCAGCACGUACCAUUCAGCGAGGAGCGUCUUGCGCACAAGGAAGCCCACCUCAUGGAACCCGGGGGCAUCCCGUGGUCGGACAUUGCGCGGCUCACGCCCGAACACGCCCAGGCCACCCUCCAGCUCCGCAGGCAGCAGGUGGCGGCCUGCGACAUGUACCCCUUCGCGGCGCGGACGCUGGCGACGGCCAUCCAGUCGUGGGGCCAGCGCUGGCAGUCGUCGGCGGACUACUUCCGGGACAAGACGGUGCAGGACCUCCGGACGCGCGUCUGGGAGGUUCGCACGCAGGUGGCCGACGACCUGUCCGAGAUGGCGCGCAAGGCCGCCGACGAGGCGGACGAGACGAGCCGCGACCUGAUGCUGGGCCAGCCGCUCAAGAUCAAGCACGUCAUCGACACCAUGGACAAGAUGCUGCGGACGCGGCGGCGGAGGUUCCGCUGGCUGCGGCGCGGGCUCUGGCUCACGGUCGAGUGGCUGCUCGUGGGCUUCAUGUGGUAUGUCUGGUUCAUGGUGAUGAUCCUGCGCGUGUUCCUGGGUGUUGGCAAGGGCGUUUUGCGGGGGGUCAAGUGGCUCCUUUGGUUGUGA